AUGUCACAACCAAAUCAAGAUCUAACUUUCUACAAAGAUCAUACAUUAAUAUCAGAUAAAAUACUAAAAAGUAAUAAUUCUUAUUUAACAACAAUCACAUAUAUUCAAGGAACUUCACCAAAUUGGUUAAUUAAUUCAUUAAUUGAAAAUAGUUUACAAGGUUCAGCUUUACCAAUAAAUCAAGAAUUAAAAACCACACCAAGCAGAAGUAAUGUUAUAUUUAUAAGUUUUUUACAUAAUAAAGAAUUUUAUAUUAGGAAUUUAAAAAAAAAUGGAAUUGAUUUAACCCAAAAUUCAAAUUUUAUUUUCAUUGAUUAUUUUACAAAUUUAUUUUCAGAAAAGAUUAAAGAUUCAACAAAUGCAAUAAAUGAUACAAAUAAAUUAUUUGAUGAUCUGAAAAUUCCAAAAAAUUCAAUUAUUUUUAUUGAAUCACCUGAAAUAUUAUUAUAUUCAACAAAUAUAAUAAGUGAUGAUUUACUUUUUAAUUUAAUAAAAUUAAAUAAAAAAACAAAUCAGCUAUUUAUUAUAAGUUCAAAAGAUGAAGAACUCAUAGAUUAUAAUGUUAAUGAAAUUGAUAAUCCAACUUUUAAAAUUACUGAUUUUUUAACAAAAUUAUUAUUUAGAUCUCAAUUAAAUAUUUCUUUAUUACCUUUAAAAACUGGUAGAGCAAAAGACAUUACGGGGAGUUUAACUAUAACUAAGGGAUGUUUACCAUAUAAUGAUAAAAAUUUAAUAGUAAAUGAAAAAGAAUAUGUUUAUAAUAUCACAAAGGAUUCAAAUAUUAAAAUAUAUUUUCGAUAA